AUGGUGAGCACCAGGCGCUCCCCGAACCCGCCUCCCGAUGAGGAGGAGGCGGCCAUCUUGGCUCUUCAGGAGGAGCGCAAGCAGGCCGAGGCUGCGGCGAAGGAGCAGAAGAUCGCCGCGGAAAAUGCCAAGGCGGCGGCCAAGGCGGCGGCCGCCGCGGCAGCGAAGGAUGAGGGGCCGAGAAAGGCGAAGCUCACGUCGUUCACCGCGCCGAAGGAGGUCCUCGACGACCUCCCCGUGGCGGACUUCCAGGACGAAGAGGGCGUCGAGCAGUUCGGCGCGUCCAAGCGGAUCGUCGAUCGCGAGUCGGACUACAGCAAGCGAAGGCUCAACCGAUCCGUCGCCGGAGACGCCAGCACCUACGCGGAGCGCGUCAAGGAGGCGCAGCUGGAGCGCGAGAAGGACAACACGAUGAAACAGAUCGCGCAGAAGAGGCGGGAGGAGGCGGAGAGGGCGGCCGCGGACGCGCGGCUCGCGGCGGCGCGGGGCGACGACGCCGGCGGCGAUGAAAGAGACGCCCUCCCAUCCGCGUCGGCCGAGCCCGCCGCCAAACGGGCCAAGCCGGCGGAGGUGGAGUGGGAGGACAUGCCGGUGGCGGCGGACGCCCCCGCCCAGCCCAAACCCGCGCGGCGCAACCGUUGGGACGCGACGCCCGUCGCGGGUGACGUCGGCGGAACGGGAUCGUGGGAUGCGACGCCGAAGAUUGACGCGGGGGCGGGCGGCGGGGUGGGGCCGACGCCCAAGCGCACGCGCUCGCGGUGGGACGAGACCCCGCUGAUCCGCGCGGGGGCGGCGGGAGAUCCCAACGCCACCCCGCUGGGCGCCGGUGCGUUCGACGGCGGCGCCACGCCGGGCCCCGGGCAGCUCGCCGGGAUGGUCACCCCGGACAUUCAUGGACUCGCCGCGCAGCACAUGGCGGCGGCGAACGUGCCGAUGACGCCGGAGCAGUACAACGCGAUGCGAUGGGAGCGCGAGGUGGAGGCUAGGAACGCGCCGCUCACGGACGAGGACCUGGACCUGAUGCUUCCCUCGGAAGGCUACAAGAUUUUGCCAGUGCCCGAUUCCUACGUGCCCAUCCGGACCCCGGCGAGGAAACUGAUGGCGACGCCCACGCCCUACGGUGGCGCCACGCCCGGGUUCUACGCGAUGCCGGACGAAGACAGGGGCCAGGCGUUCGACGUGCCCGACACACCCGCGGAUCUGCCCACGAUGAAACCCGAGGAUUACCAGUACUUCGCGCCGUUGCUCAAAGAGACGGAGGAGGAGGAGCUGUCGCUCGAGGAGCAGAAGGAGCGCAAAAUCAUGAAACUCCUGUUGAAGGUGAAGAACGGUACGCCGCCGCAACGCAAGAGCGCGCUGCGUCAGCUGACGGACAAGGCGCGGGAGUUUGGCGCGGGCCCGCUGUUUAACCAGAUCCUGCCGCUGCUCAUGUCGCCGACGCUCGAGGACCAGGAGCGCCACCUCCUGGUCAAGGUGAUUGACCGCAUCCUGUACAAGCUCGACGACCUCGUCCGACCUUACGUACACAAGAUCCUCGUGGUGAUCGAGCCGCUCCUGAUCGACGAGGAUUACUACGCGCGCGUCGAGGGGAGGGAGAUUAUCAGCAACCUGUCCAAAGCCGCGGGGCUGGCGACGAUGAUUGCCGCGAUGCGACCGGAUAUUGACAACAUCGACGAGUACGUUCGCAACACGACGGCGAGAGCCUUCGCGGUGGUGGCUCAAGCGCUGGGUAUCCCCGCGCUGCUGCCCUUCCUCAAGGCUGUUUGCCAGUCGAAGAAGUCGUGGCAGGCGAGGCACACGGGCAUCAAGAUCUCUCAGCAAAUCGCCAUCCUCCUCGGAUGCGCCGUGCUCCCCCACCUCAAGUCCCUCGUCGAGAUCAUCGAGCACGGGCUCCAGGACGAGAACCAGAAGGUUCGAACGAUCACCGCGCUCUCCGUCGCGGCGCUCGCCGAGUCCGCCGCCCCUUACGGCAUCGAGUCGUUCGAUUCCGUGCUCAAGCCGCUGUGGAAGGGUAUCCGCGCGCACCGCGGCAAGGUGCUCGCUGCGUUUCUCAAAGCCAUCGGCUUCAUCAUCCCCCUCAUGGACGCGAUGUACGCAAACUACUACACCAGGGAGGUGAUGGUGAUCUUGAUCCGCGAGUUUGCGUCCGCUGACGAGGAAAUGAAGAAGAUCACGCUGAAGGUGGUGAAGCAGUGCGUCGGAACCGACGGCGUGGAGCCGGAGUACAUUCGCACCGAGGUGAUGCCCGAGUUUUUCAAAAACUUUUGGGUCCGGCGCAUGGCCCUGGAUCGACGAAACUACAACCAGCUGGUGGAGACCACGCUGGAGAUCGCGCUCAAGGUUGGGGCGAGCGAGAUCAUCGGUCGGGUCGUGGAGGACCUCAAGGACGAGUCCGAGCCGUACAGGCGCAUGGUGAUGGAGACGAUCACGAAGGUCAUCGAGAAGUUGGGCACCGCCGACGUGGACGCGAGGCUGGAGGAGCUUCUCAUCGACGGGAUCCUGUACGCGUUCCAGGAGCAGACGGCGGACGACGGUGACGUCAUGCUCACGGGAUUCGGGACCGUGGUGUCGUCGCUGGGCAAGAGGUCCAAGCCGUACCUGCCCCAAAUUUGCGGCACCAUCAAAUGGCGGCUCAACAACAAGAGCGCGGACGUGCGGCAGCAGGCGGCGGAUCUCAUCAGCAAGAUCGCCAAGGUUAUGAAGAUCUGCGAGGAGGAGCAGCUCAUGGGCCACCUGGGCGUGGUACUCUACGAGUACUUGGGCGAGGAGUACCCGGAGGUUUUGGGUUCGAUCCUCGGAGCCCUGAAGGGGAUCGUGAACGUCACGGGAAUGUCGCGGAUGACGCCGCCGGUGAAGGAUCUGCUGCCGCGUCUCACCCCGAUUCUCAAGAACAGGCACGAGAAGGUUCAGGAGAACUGCAUCGACCUCGUGGGUCGCAUCGCGGACCGGGGCGCGGAGUUCGUCCCCGCGCGCGAGUGGAUGCGAAUCUGCUUCGAGCUCCUCGAGAUGCUCAAGGCAACAAAGAAGGCAAUCCGCCGAGCCACGGUGAACACCUUUGGAUACAUCGCGAAGGCCAUCGGCCCCCAGGACGUCCUCGCCACCCUUCUGAACAACCUAAAGGUUCAGGAGCGCCAGAACCGCGUGUGUACCACGGUCGCGAUCGCCAUCGUCGCCGAGACGUGCUCCCCAUUCACGGUGCUCCCGGCGCUUAUGAAUGAGUACCGCGUGCCGGAGCUCAACAUCCAGAACGGCGUCCUCAAGUCGCUCGCGUUUCUCUUCGAGUACAUCGGCGAGAUGGGCAAGGAUUACAUCUACGCGGUGACGCCGUUGCUGGAGGACGCGCUCAUGGACCGGGACCUCGUGCACAGGCAGACUGCGGCGGUGACGGUGAAGCACCUGGCGCUCGGAUGCGCGGGUCUCGGAUGCGAGGACGCGCUGGUGCACCUCCUGAACUACGUGUGGCCGAACGUCUUCGAGACGUCGCCGCAUCUCAUCAACGCGGUGAUGGAGGCGAUCGAGGGCGCGAGGAUAAGCCUCGGUCCGGGGUUUGUCUUGGGGUACCUGCUCCAGGGUUUGUUCCACCCGGCGCGGAAGGUGCGGGAGAUUUACUGGAAGAUAUACAACACGCUGUACAUCGGGGCGCAGGAUGCGCUGGUGGCGCAGUACCCCGCGCUUGAGGAUGAGGGCGAGCGUCAGUAUCGCAGGCACGAGCUCGACGUCUUCAUCUGAUCGGCAAACAGAGUUAAAAACCGCUAAUCUCUUAGCCGCAGCAUAAUCAACAACGCGAUAAAAGCACU